UCCUUAUUGUUUUAGAGAGAGACGCGCGCGUUGGAUAUUGACUGAAGACUGAAGACACAUAACAUAACGGACAAUAGUAAAAGAAUGCUGUACACAGACUUCCUCCAGCUGUGGGCCUCCUCCGUACAGAAGGUGGAUACUCAGGACUGGCAGGGCUGUGUGUCUACUCUGGAGCAGAUAACAGAGCCCACAGCCCGCACGCUCUUCAACAUGGCCUCUGCCUACCUGGCUCUGGGACGGCCCGAGCUGGCACUGAAUGCUUUGGACUUGGCUCUUGUGAAGGAUGAGCACCUAGCUGUUGGCUUCUUUCAGAGAUCAACUGUGAUGAUGCUGUUGGACAGGCUGGAGGAGGCUCUGUCAGACUGUAUCUGGGCUCAGAAACACAUGAGAGGAAACCCUGUCAUUGACUACAAACAGCUGGGACUCAGGUUCAAGCUUUACAGCUGGCAGGUUUUGUAUAACGCAGCAGUGGUCUACACUCGUAUGGGACACUGGGACCAGGCACAGGAGGUGCUGGAGACAGUGUCCAGAGAGAGUACAGGGGGGAAGGGACCUAACAUCGAGAAGGCUAUGAACAAUGUAAAGAGGGGAGAGGUUCUGGCUCCACUGCUGAUCCCUGAAGGAGUGGUGUUUCAACCCAACAAAUGUGAAGUCGACCAGCUAAAAGAAAGGGACUUCCUAGGACAAGCUAAGGUAAUUUCAUCCAUGAUCCCCAAUGAUGACUUUGGAGGAUUUGAACCAUUGAGACAACAGAAACUUGGAUUUUAUGAACCCAAAGGGGAAGGUGCCCAAGACUCUCGGUACAUGCAAGUGAAAGCCCCGUACAUGUCACGUGGUGCAGGACAGCUCACAGUUCCAGGGGGCGCUUUAGUGUUCCUGUUCGGCGAGGAGGACAAAGAUGGAAUGACCUCAGUUAUUUAUGACGGACAGAGAGGACUUCUGCCUGUGUCCUUGCUGGAGCCUGUGGAUGUCAGGUCAAUCAAAGGCAAAAGGAACAGUAGGAUCCCGAACGGCAUCCCUCUUCCUCCCGAACUCAAGCCCCCUGCACGUCCACAGGUCACACCCAGCCCUGUGCCGCCUCCUAGAGAACCCACUCCUCCGCAUUCUUUCAUCUCUGCCACAAUAGCUCUGCUACCAGACCCUGCACCUAUUAUGCUGGCAGAAAAUUCACACAUCCAGGCCCCAGAGGCAGGUUCGGUGCAGGUAAAAGUCCACUUCACCCAGACCCUGUCCCUGUCUAUGCCUCUGGACUCCUCGUACGAGGAGCUGAAGGAGAGCAUCGCACGGACACUGGGCCAGACACCAUCAGAGAUACGCCUUAGGUGCAAACCUCAAGGCUCCUGUGCGCUGCUGCCUCUGGACCAGGAUCAGGACUCGGGCUCUCCUCUGCUGGAUCUGGCUCAGUCCGGAAGAGCCCAUCUGUGGUGCCAGAAAGAGGAUCCACUGCAGAACCGUACGGUCCUGUACCAGAUGGUGGCGCUGUACGACUACGCGGCGCAGGGCCCUGAGGACCUGGAGUUCAGCGAAGGAGACACCAUUGAUAUCUUGAGUGAAGUGAAUGAGGAGUGGCUGGAGGGGCACUGUGCAGGGGACAUUGGGAUAUUUCCAGGAUGUUUCGCCUACAGAGAGAACACAAAGAUGGUGCAGGACUAGCGGCUCUAAGGACCAAACCAACAGACACUGUUACUACAAUCACUGGAUUUGCCCUUCUUAUAUAUCUAUAUGAUCCAUCGUGUGGUACUCAAGAGUAUAUUUAAAUUAAACCUAAAGCUUAUUUGAAAUUC